AAGGAGCAGGCGAGAGAGUGUUGGUGGAGGUCCCUUCGGAGCAGGUACCUUCGGGAGUGCGUGCUUACAAAAUGCAAGGGCUUAGGACGAAAAGGUACCAUUUCGGGAGCAGCUUUCGUUACGGAAACAUCUGGAAAAGCAGUGUGCGACAGAAGCAAGUUGCUUACCGGUGCAAGUGUUUGAAAAGUGUGGGAAGAGACCAGUGAUCAAAGGACUUUACGUGCACAACAGUGUUAAGUGAAUUAUCAGAUGGCUGCGGUGAUGAGAAGCAUGGCCCUGGGUCAGAACAUACAUAAUAUUCUGCCGAAUAACUGCAUUUUGGUGCAGCAGCAUAAACCGAUCAAUCAUCAUGGGAAGCGACCGAUUGCGCCUGCUCCUAUGAUGGUAACCAGUCUGCCACAAGGAGUUGGAUUAAAGUGCAAAACAGGAGCUAGUGCAGCGAAGAAAUAUGCUUACUGUGGAUUGCCGUACGCGCCGACUCCUCAGCAAGCAGCUUCCGUCCAGCGAAGAAAUGCCCGAGAGCGCAACCGUGUGAAGCAAGUGAACAAUGGAUUCGCAAACCUGCGCCAACAUAUUCCACCGACAGUGGUGACGGCCUUGUCUAACGGAGGUCGUGGAGCUAGCAAGAAGCUUAGCAAAGUGGAUACUCUCCGUAUGGCCGUAGAGUACAUUCGUAGUCUACAGAAGAUGCUGGACGAGAACAGCGAGAACACUCAAAAGAGUUUGAGCCAGAUGUCUUCCUCGAGCUCAUACUAUGGAACCAUGUCGGAGUCUUCGACUGCUUCUUCGCCAGCUCCGUCGCACAUUUCGGAGAACUCCUACUCGCAAUCCGGAGGACCAAUCUUCAAACACGAACCUUACGAUAUCUACGUCGACCCGUCUACCUCGCCUGCUCCUUCGUAUACUUCGGAGCAUCCACAACAGCAGCACCUCCAGACAUUGAUCCCAGGAAUGACCAGCCUCAGUCCCAGUGGAAACAACAACUACAUUCACGCCAUGGGAACCCACCAAGUGUACAAGUCGGAAAUCUACCGCGAGUACGAGGAGGAGCUGAGUCCUCAAAAUCCAGAGGACGAGGAGCUCCUCGACGCCAUCACCUGGUGGCAGCAACAGCAGUGAUCUCCUAAUCGAUUAAUUACUCUGAGACAAACCAAAAAGAAUGCGUCUUCUUGCCGAAGUUACGUACUCCCGAGAGCUCCGCGGCCGAGCUGAGUCAACGCGCUUACGAGCGAAUCCCUGUGCAUCUGCGUCCAGUUGAGUCAACCUGAAAAGUUGUCACUUCAACGAGGGAAUCCUUCGAGUCGCGCACUGCUGCCGCCGCCGGGCACUCCCCCUGAGAACAAACAGACUGUACUACCCGAAACUCUCUCAAAUACUGCCAGUAAUUGCCGUAGUAGUAACAGAUAACUAACAAACCGCCAAUCUAGUCAAAACGGUUUCUCCUCCUAGCGUUUAGCGAAUAGUGUGUAAUUAGCGUCGGACUUUUCGGGCAUGAUUGAUGAUCCUCCCGAUGUUUUGUUGAAAUUGUUAUAAUUCCUGCGAAAUCAUCGCAUCUAUCUAGAGCUUAAGGCGACAACGGCAAACCAGUGACUACUAGUUUUUUAUUGUAUUCCUAUGAUUCUCUUUUAGAUGUUAAGUUUGCAACCAAUUCGUAGCCAUUUAAGCACAAGGUUAUGUUUAGGGAGUUUGAAAAGAAAAAUAUACAAAACCAUUCGA